AUGUCAAAGAGUGGAAAUACGACAAGUGACGAACAAGAAGUGUGUCGAGUGGCCAUUAAGGUACCUCCAUUUUGGCCGGACGAGCCCGCGCUUUGGUUUGUACAGUUAGAAGGACAAUUUGUGCUUUCAAAUAUAUCGCAGGACAAUACAAAGUUUUACCAUGUAAUUGCUAAUCUGGACUAUAAAUACAUAUCGGAGGUUAAAGACAUUAUAACUAAUCCACCAGUUGAGAAUAAAUACGAAAAGUUAAAAAAGGAGCUUAUAUCGAGGUUAUCGGCUUCUCAAGAGCAAAGAGUUCGGCAGCUUGUGGCACACGAGGAAUUAGGAGACCGCAAACCUUCGCAGUUUCUACGGCAUUUGCGCAAUUUGGCUGGAACCGAUGUCCCAGACGAAUUUAUCCGAUCUUUAUGGACGAGUCGCUUACCAAGUCAUAUUCAAGCUAUCAUAGCUACGCAGACAGAUGUAAACUUGGAUAAUGUAGCUUUAUUGGCGGAUAAGAUCAACGAAGUCACUCUCCAACCUCAGGUGCACCACAUAGCCACACUGCCACAUCACACCGCCACUUCAGCCACACCGUCAACUUCGUCCGAAUUUGAAGAAUUGAAGCGCCGCUUAGAUGACUUAUCUCGCUUACGCCGCGCUUUUAGUUGGAGAUUUGUGAUAGCUGACGUCACAAAACCAAUUAUCGGCAUAGACUUUCUUUCAUUUUUUAAUUUGCUCGUAGACGCUAGACACCAUCGUUUAGUAGACAAUACCACCUCUCUUAUUGCUAAGGCUUAUUCUGCUUCAUCAUUUGCUUUGUGCCAAAUUAAAGUGUUUACAGGUACUUCACGCUAUCAUAGCCUGCUGUCACAGUACCCUGAAAUCACGCGGCCGUCUGGAGAUCCUGCUGUACGGGAAGUGAAGCACCACACCGUCCAUUUCAUCCACACUACGCCUGGACCACCUGUCUUCUGCCGUCCACGACGCCUAGCACCGGAUCGGCUCCGCAUUGCCAAGCAGGAGUUCGAGGACAUGGUAAGAAUGGGUAUUGCCCGGCGCUCCGACAGUGCAUGGUCCUCACCGUUACACUUAGUACCAAAAAAAGAUAACACGUUUCGUCCAUGUGGCGAUUACCGUGCGCUCAAUGCCCGAACAAUCCCCGACCGAUAUCCGGUUCGCCAUAUAGGUGAUUUUACACACAAUCUUUUUGGCUGCCAAGUGUUCAGUAAAAUCGACCUGGUGCGAGCGUAUAAUCAAAUUCCAAUCGCACCAGAAGAUGUAUGUAAAACGGCAAUUGCUACACCUUUCGGCUUGUUUGAGUUUCCUUUUAUGGGGUACGGGUUAAGGAACUCAGCGCAAACUUUUCAACGAUUCAUGGACGAAAUCCUUAGGGACAUAGACUUCGCUUUUCCCUACUUAGAUGACAUCCUGAUUGCGUCAAAAGAUGAAGCUAAUCACGAGCGUCAUUUGUGUACAGUCUUCGAGCGCCUUCGAGAGCAUGGUGUUGUCAUAAAUACUGCUAAAAGCAUCUUCGGAGUACCAGAGGUGGAAUUUUUAGGCUUCAUGGUCUCAGCUGAAGGUACGAGGCCCACAAAAGAAAAGGUCAGUGCUAUUUUAAAUUUUCCAUUACCUAAAAAUGUACGAGAGCUCAGAAGAUAUCUUGGUAUGUUAAAUUUUUAUCGCCGAUUCAUACCAAACGCUGCUCAAGUACAGACGCCGCUGCAUCUUCUAUUAAAAGGAGAAAAUGUAAAGCCAUCUACGCUCAUUACCUGGAAUCCAAAACUCGAACAAUGUUUCGCAGAAAGUAAGUCAAGUUUGGCAAAUGCCAGUUUACUAGCUCAUCCCGAUCCGACAGCAGAAUUGGCGAUUGUUACGGACGCAUCAGAUACUGCUGUAGGAGCAGUUCUACAACAGAAGAAUGACUCAGACUGGAUACCGUUAGCAUUUUUCUCCAAAAAGCUUAACACAGCUCAAAGGAAGUAUAGCCCAUAUGAUAGAGAGCUGCUAGCUAUGUAUGAGGCAAUAAAAUAUUUUAAAUUUAUGAUAGAAGCUCGAUCGUUUACAUUAUUCACUGACCAUAAACCACUUAUAUCAGCAUUUAAUAAAAAUUCACAGAAUUUAUCACCACGACAAUUUCGAUACCUUGAUUACAUAUCACAAUUUACUACAGAUAUCAGGUAUAUUAAAGGUGACGAUAACAUUGUUGCGGAUACACUUUCUCGGAUAGACGCUAUCUCAAACGUAAUAGACUUACAAAAACUUAAAAUUUCACAAGAAAAGGAUAAUGACCUCGUUAAACUUAUAGAAGGCAAUUCUUCACUGAAGCUGCAGAAAGUUGCCAUUUCUGACUUCGGGAAGAAACUGUACUGCGACAUAUCCGGUACGUCUCCUCGUUUAUAUUUGCCGUUAGAAUUUCGUCGUGAAGCAUUUGAUUCGAUACAUGGGUUAAGCCACCCAGGAGCGAAAGCUACAAUCAAGUUGGUAGCACAACGAUACGUGUGGCCCAGUAUGAAAAAAGACUGUAGAGAAUGGGCACGUGCAUGUAUAGACUGUCAGCGCUCUAAAGUCUUUCGACACACUAGAUCGCCAGUACAACCUUUCUCGCCACCGUCCAAUAGAUUUUCGCACGUGCACAUCGAUUUAAUUGGACCAUUACCUGUUUCGCACGGUUAUAAAUAUUGCUUAACGUGCGUAGACAGGUUCACACGUUGGCCCGAGGUAGUUCCUUUGGAGGAUAUAAAAGCCGAAACUGUGGCUAAUGCCUUUACUCGUGGCUGGAUCUCGCGUUUCGGAUGUCCUCAUAAAAUAACCACGGAUAGAGGAAAACAAUUUGAGUCGCACAUAUUUAAAGAGCUAUCUAAACUCACAGGUUCUCUCCACAUCUCUACCACCGCUUAUCAUCCAGCAGCUAACGGCCUCGUAGAGCGCUUUCACCGACAACUGAAAGGUGCCAUCAUGUGCCAUGCAAAUAAGGACUGGUAUGAAGUUCUUCCGCUAGUUCUUCUAGGAAUACGCUGCGCCUGGAAAGAGGAUAUAGCAGCAUCGGCUGCUGAGUUGGUGUACGGUGAGACGUUACGUUUACCUAGUGAUUUCUUUAUAUCGAGCCUAAAACAAGUCACUGACUACACAGAUUUCGUAUCCAGGUUACGCUCACAUAUAAGAGAGUUAAAACCCUCAAUAGUCGUUCGACAUGGAACCCCAAAUGCAUUUAUUCAUAAAGAUUUGCAUAAGGCGUCGCACGUGUUUCUAAGGCAAGAUGCUAUCAAGAAAGCGUUGCAACCUCCUUAUUCCGGUCCAUUUAAGGUCAUAGAACGCGAUAAAAAAACUUUUAAAAUUAACGUAAAUGGUAAAAUUAUUACGGUGUCUGUUGACAGAUUGAAACCAGCCUAUACUCUCAACGAUUCUACGGAGCCCUCCGAAGAACUACAUAAAGAACCCAGCUCGGCCUACACCACAAAAUCUGGCCGAAAAGUGAAGUUUACGGACUUCUACCGACCGUAA